GCAACAAAUUUGUUCCAUCAAACAUGUCUAUUAUGGUAGAGGUAAGAGUUCCAAACUUGGAUUGUGAAGGAUGUGCUUCCAAGCUUAGAAAAGCUCUUUUCAAGCUUAAAGGAGUAGAAACAAUAGACAUUGAUAUGGAGACGCAGAAAGUUACAGCAAGAGGUUACGGAUUAGAGGAGAAGAAAGUGUUAAAGGCGAUAAAACGAACAGGAAAAGCAGCAGAGCCAUGGCCAUAUCCAGUUGGUUACUCACAUUUUGCUUCAUUUUAUCAGUACCCAAAUCACAUCAUAAGCCAUUACUACGAUACAUCUCGAAACGUUGCUGCCUCGAGUGUGCAUACAUUUUUUCAUACUCCAUCAGUUUAUUCAGUAGCAAUAGCAUCAGAUGAAGCAGUUGCUUCUCUUUUCAGUGAUGAUAAUCCUCAUGCUUGCACCAUUAUGUGA